AUGGUGGAAAUGGAAACAGAUCCCGACCUGGAUGUCCAACCUGACUCCCAUAUCGAUCAAGCCGUCUCCAUCGAUUACUGGAAUUCAGUUCCAGCCACCGCCAAUGGAAUGCUUGGCGGCUACCCGCAAAUCUCCUCCAUUGACCUUCGCGGGUCAUCUACCUUUCUAGCAAAAGUUCGUCGAUUAAUUCCAUCCAGCGGCUCGGGGGAGCUUGCGCUGGGCGUCGAUUGCGGGGCUGGCAUCGGUAGGGUCACUGAGGGCUUCCUAAGCAGAGUGUGCGGAACCGUGGACAUCGUGGAGCCGGUUGAGAAGUUCGUUGACGUCAUUAAACGCGGGAAGCUUUACCAGGAAGGGAAAAUUGGCGACAUUUAUAUCACUGGCAUUCAGGAUUGGACGCCUACCAAGCGCUAUGACUUAAUCUGGACCCAGUGGUGCGCGAAUCAUCUUACGGAUGCGCAGUUGGUGGAAUAUCUCGUCCGGUGCAAAGGUGCGCUCUCUGAAAAGGGGUUGCUGGUUCUCAAGGAAAAUCUCAACUCGGACACUGCAAAUGACUACUAUGAUGCUGUGGAUAGCACGGUUACUAGAACUGAAAGUAAAUUUAAAAAGUUGUUUGCGGAGGCUGGGCUUAAAGUGCUGAGGUCAGAGGAACAAAGUGGGAUGCCUCAACGGCUGCAGUUGUUGCCGAUUAGACUCUGGGCUUUGCGCCCAACAACUUGA